GGUCCUCUUGGCCCACCAGGUAAACGAGGUGAGCCUGGCUUCGCAGGUCCAAGAGGAGAAGCAGGUGAUGCCGGAGAGCCCCGUGAUUUUUGUCCAUCAUCGUGUGGCAUUCAAGACAUAGUGGCACCGUCAAUUGCUGAACUUGAUAUUGAUAACCCUUUCAUUACUGAUGAAUGA